AUGUUCCAAUCCAGAGUUGCUUCUCCUUUCAAUUUUACCAAUCCAGGGCCAGGAAAAGACCGGAAAAUCAUCAAAACUGAACCCCCAUUAACCAGUGUGUUAGAGCUUCUUCAGAGAGCAGCAGCAACCUCAGCUGGGAUCACAUUCUACAAUGCACAUGAUUCUGGAAAAAGCAACCCAAAGCGUAUAUCUUACCAAGAGCUGCUCGACCAGUCUCGGCGUGAUGCAGCAUGGCUGCAGAACUCCGUCCUAGAUUUACAGCGGGAGACUGUUAUUUUGCUACACUUUGACACGCACGAGGAGAAUAUCCGCUGGUUUUGGGCUACGACGGCAGCGGGCUAUGUUCCCUGUAUUGUGCCAAAAUUUGCCGUCUCUAGUGACAGGCGUAUUGCCCAAGCAGAGCAUAUCCUGCGGUUGCUCAACUCCCCAGUUAUCCUCACCAACGACCGUAUGGCAUGCGCCUUCAAUGGCGUAGAGACUCCUAGUCUGUAUCGCGUGGACGAUCUCAUACCGAUUUCCACAUUCUCUAGUCCUAGUCUUGCGCCAGUGGUGCAAAAUCAACGCGACGAUGACCUUGGAGCUCUGAUGCUCACUUCUGGUAGCACUGGGUUCUCCAAGGCCGUGUGUCUGCGACAACCCCAGAUGCUGGCAGCGGUAGCUGGCAAGGCGUAUCACUGUCGGGCCACGUCGGAGGAUGUGUUUCUAAGCUGGAUUUCAUUAGACCAUGUGGUCAAUCUGGUCGAGAUGCACCUGCAUGCCAUGUUCCUCGGAGCAGAACAAAUCCAGGUAGCCACGGAACGGGUACUGACAGACCCCCGCCUAUUCCUUGACUUGAUCGACCGGCAUCGAGUAUCCCUCAGCUUUGCUCCAAAUUUCUUCCUCACUCUACUCCGUGAACGGGUGUCCCAUCCAGACUUUGAAAGAGAACCCCCGGUCUGGGAUCUAUCGUGCUUGCGUUGCGUCUUCUCCGGCGGGGAGCCCACCGUACGGCAGACAGCAGUGGAUCUCAUGCGCUCACUGCAACACCACGGGGCUCGACCAUUUAUCUGCGCUGGCUACGGAUUGACCGAGUCGUGCGCCGGUAUAGUCUGGGAUAUUGUCGACCACACGCUGGAGAGCCUGGACGGUGCUUCUGGCGAAUUCCUCGCCUGUGGCCUGCCCAUUCCCGGAGUGCAGAUGCGCGUUGUGCAUGAGACAAAUGGAAUGAAGCCGGCUGCUGUGGGUGAAGAGGGUAUGCUGGAAUUGCGUGGUACUGUCAUGUUCGAUCGGUAUUAUCGUGACCCUGCAGCCACGCGUGCAGCAUUUACGGCCGAUGGCUGGUUCAUCACCGGUGACAAUGCCUAUAUAGACGAGCAUGGUCGGCUGUACAUCACUGGACGGACCAAGGAUACCUUGCUCAUUAACGGGCUCACCAUCUUUGCCGUAGAGGUCGAACACAGCCUCGAGCAAGCACGUAUUCCGGGCCUCACGCCAAGCUAUACGCUGGUCUUCGCCCACCGGCCUCCUGGCGCAUUCACGGAGUCGUAUUGUGUCGUGUACCUUGCCAGCUAUGACCCAGAUGACGACGAAACCAGAGCCCAGACCACCGACGCCAUCGAGCGUAUUGCGAGUUUAGUAGUGCAUGUCAAGCCCGCCGCAGUCCUUCCUAUCCCUCGUCACUACUUCGAAAAGACCUCCCUAGGCAAGUUAUCUCGCGCCCAUUUCCGGCGUCUCUUCGAGAACGGCACACUCGAGACCGAGCGAGCCUUCCAUAUGGCUCACCUGCGAGCUUAUCGCCAGGUUCACCGACAGCCGCCACGCUCGCCGACUGAGCAAACCAUCCUAGAUCUCGUCUGCACGCACCUCUCCACCGACCCAAACGACGUCAGCGUCACAACCAAUUUAUUCCAACUCGGCCUCUCCUCCCUUGAUUUCUACACCAUCACCCAGGACUUGCACCGGAUCUUCCACGCCCAUCUCACCCUCCCAGACCUACUCUCCGACCCCACCAUCUCUGGCCUCGCCCACCAGAUCUCCAUCUCCACUGGCAUCACCACAAGAACCGCAGAAUACGAUCCCGUGAUCCCCCUUCAGCCACACGGCUCCACGGUUCCGCUCUGGCUAGUCCACCCUGCGUCAGGAAACGUCCUCAUCUUCACUGCCCUCGCGCGUGCCUUUCACGACCGCCCUAUCUACGCCUUCCGUGCCCGCGGCACUCGACCUGGCGAGCCCCUCUUCACCAGCAUGAACGAAAUGGCUGAUCUCUACACUACUGCCCUCCUACGCACCCAGCCCCAGGGCCCGUAUGCCAUCGCAGGGUAUUCGCUCGGGAGCAGUGUUGCUUUUGAGAUUGCGAAGAGGCUGGAGUCAUCCGGUGCCGAAGUCCGGUUUCUGGGUGCGUUAGAUGGGCCGCCUGAUAUCUCCCCGCUGGUGGGACAUUUAACUUGGUCGGAGGCUUUGGUGAUGAUUGGGCAUUUCUAUGAAUUGAUCUCGGAGAAGAGGUCUCUAGAGCUUAUGCCGGAAUUGAGAGUCAAGGAGGCCGAGAUGGCGCUGAAUGUUAUUCUUGGCGAAGCAGAUCAACGGAGAGUCCAGGUUUUGGGGUUGGAUAAGAGAGAGUUGACGCAGGUGACGGAGGUUACGGCUGGAUUUUGCCGGGCAGCGGGAGGAUACGUGCCCCGUGGGAAGGUGGGGGCUGUGGUUGAUGUUUUUGUCGUCGAGCCAUUGUUGACGGUGACAGAUCAAAGGCAGGUAUGGGUGCGGGAUUAUCUGGGACAGUGGGAGGAGUUAAGUCGGUUGGGAAUGGCGGUGCAUCAGUGUGAGGGCCGACAUGCAGAUAUGUUGGGGCAGGAGCAUGUUAAUUCUUUGGGUUUGAUUUUGAGGAGGGUCUUGUCUGAAAGGGGAGUAUAA